AUUCAAGAGUCAAAAGUGUCCGUCAAGCCCAAAUUUAUUACUUUGGGGCGGGUGUGACCCGGUCCGUUAAAGAUCCUAUCUCUAAAAUCUAAAGAGAGCAGGUUAAACAUAUUCAGCUUGGAGCAGCCAUGGCAAAAAUAACACUGGAAGAAGAAGGUGAAACCGUGCCGCGAGGUCGGCACAUCAAGAAAAGAGCACUUAGGAACAAAUCCCUCUCCGUUUCUUUCGAUGAGAAAGACCUCCAGGAAUUCGUGACUGGGUUUCACAAGAGGAAGAAGAAGCGGAGAAAAGAAGCACAACAGAAAAUUCAGGAAGCCGACCGGAGAAAGCGUAUUGAAUGCCGUAAAAAGAGAAGGUUAGAAAGACAAAUGGUCACCAAUGGCGGGGUCCUGCCUGAUUCUGGUGCUCAAUGUGUUGAGCAUGAGGAGGAUGGAGACGAGGAUGAUGAAGACGACAUAGGGUCAGAUUUCACUAAAGCACCUGUUUCAGGUACAACCAUGUAUGACAAUGGUGAUGUGCAAGUCACAGUGACAACCAGUGAGAUUUCUCGUGGGCAGGAGGAUUUGCCAGUGCUAACCUCACCGCCAGCACCAUAUGAACCCUCCUGUGAAACCAAAGAUGCCAAAAGGAAAAAGACCACUGUAAGUAAGAAGAAGCCAAUCAAGAAAGUUAGUAAAAGGAAAUCCCGGGCAAGGCCACAAAGCAAGAGGGAUAAAAGGAAAGGGAAGAUGCCAAACAAGAAUAGCUAGCUAGCUACAAAGUUUGUUGUGGCUCUCUUGUGUUUCUGAAAGAACAGAACCACUUAAUGUAAAACAAUGCGGCAGUUGGAAUGUACGAAGUAUUAAUCUACUUGGUAUAAUUUUCUACUUGGGUCAUACAUUUUUGUCACUUUGAUUUUGGCUUCUUUGAUCGAAAUGACAUCUAUCUGCAUCUUGUAUACUAAAAAUGAAUCUCUAUGUGACAAACAAAAGAGUCUGUUGACUGUUGGUGUUGAG